AUAUUAUAUAUAAUACAUCUAUGUUACAAUUACGAACCGGAAAAGUUAUGUUAUGUUAUGUUUAAAUGUGCUUAACUAAGAACUACAAUUCACAUGUCAUUAAUUAAUUUAACGUUAAAAUGUCCCACUAUCGAGGAGCUGCGAGAGACUGAGACUGUAUAAUUACACGUUACAACCUCCAACCAACCGUAAACACCGCUGUAGGUAUUAUAUUUGGAUGAACUUUACUCAUCAAACUAGUGAGAUUAAAGUAAUACAACGAGAUAUAGCUCAUACCUUUUAUUAUAAUACAACUUCAUUAUAUAUCAGACACUAUUUUCUAUAAUAUUGCUGAAGACAUCACAGAACCUACACAAACAAAAUAAUACCAAAUUGAUAACUUCCUUCUUCUUCAAGUCGUCUAAAAUAAUUAACCGAGGUCAUUUUAAUCAAUUGAAGAACAAUCAUCGCUAAGGUCACAGUCGCAGCGCCAGCGGCGUGCGCGCGUCACCUGACAGCGCGACGGCCAGCGUUCGCAGUGCUCUGUAUAUUGAUUACUAUGAGGAGCCGGCACGCUGCUUAUUUUCUGUUACUUCUGCUAGCAAAUCCAUAUAAAGGUGGACGCGCCGAUGCCGAUACAGAAAAAAAUGCAGGCCUGGUUUUGGCGGUGACAGCGAGUGUGCCUGGAGAGAGCGUGGUCGACGCACCAGCUCUAGCGGAGCUGGCCGUCCUCAGGUUACGAGCGGUGGGUGAAAAAGCGCGCGCCGUGCAACCGCCGUCGGCCUGCUUGUCUCCGGGUACCACCGACAUUCGAGCAUGUCGAAACGCUAUAGUAGCAGAGUUAGCGAGAGGCAGCUUGCACGUUGCUUUUCUUACCGUCCCGGCAGCAAAUGCGCCGGCGGCGUGGUUGUUGCACGAAGCCGGCCUCGACGAAUUGGGGGAUGUGGCGCCUCCAGUGCGUCGAGUUUGUAUCGCGGCUCCACCGGCGCGGUCCUUGCUCGAUCUCUCCGAUUUGAAUCUUGCGCAAAAUUAUUACGUUUCACAUUCUGACCUCGCAGCCGCUCCGACCGAAAAUCUCACGAGGAACAACAGUUCUUCAAUAGAUGGCCGCCACAAGAUCUUAAUCCCCGAGUGGUGUAUACGGAAUAAUACUAAGUGCGCAACAUUAUUGAGCAGAGACUCGGGAGAAGCGCGCUUAUUUUUUGAUGUGAUACGUUUUCAUCACCUGUACGCAAGCGUUCACCCCAUUGCAACCACAUUAACCGCUACGACAAGAGCACUUGGUACACGUUCUUUAAUUUGUGACUGGGAUCCAGAACGAAUCGAUCUCGGAGAAUUCAGUCAUAAUCUCAUGUCGUCACUCGGUCCACCGCCGUGUGACGCUUACACAGAUACCGAUGAAUGUCCUUUUGAAAGUCGUCGUAUUGUAAAGCUGGUAAACGCCAGGGCCCUGUCUCGAUCCCGCGCAGCACUACUGGCACUGUUACAACUUCGGCUAAACACGGAAGAGCUGCAUGAACUGACACAAAUAGCUCGCAAUACAGAUCCUAAAACGGCAGCGAAUCGAUUUCUUGUCGCUCAUCCUGCCAAAAAUGUCAUCCGUGAAGUACGCGUCGCUGUACUUUUACCGAAUACGACGCAUCGCGAAACAUACGACGCAUCAUCACUUGCAGCUGCCGCAGCUCUCGCAGAAGCUGAUCUUGAAAAAAAUUGGUCUGGCUCAAUUCGAUUUAAGACGGAAACUUACGACGAUCACUGUGAUGCGACUCGCGCCGUUCAAUAUCUGUACGACGCCCCCGUCACGGGCGAGUACGACGGACUGUCGGCCGUGGCUGGGCCCGCAUGUGGGUCUGCAUUCGCCGAUGUGGCGCGCCAGGGCCUCGAAUUCCGCUUACCUGCCAUCGCGUACACACCACAAGCGCUCCCGACGGCUUCGUUGGCAUUACUGGCGGCCGGAGAUGCACGCAUGUACGCGUCAGUUUUUGGCUCAAUAUUUGCAAAACUUCGGUGGCGUCGUCUGGCCGCUCUCAGCGAGCCCGCUACACGCGCCUCUUUAGCUGCUGCUCGCCUGCAGGCCGACAUCGUAGCACAUCUCGAAUUACCGGAUGAUCGACCGGAAUACGAUCCUGAAAUAUUCACAAAGUGGGCGGAGCGCGUGGCGGAGGUGAACGGGCGGGUGAUCUACCUGUGCGUGGAGGACGCGCGCGCGGCGCGGGCGGCGCUGUGCGCGGGGCUCGCGGCCGGCCUCACGCCGCGCGCGGGCGCCGUGUGGCUGCUGCCCGCCUCGCUGGCGCUCGACACGCUGACCCGACCUGGUCGCACUGAUCGUUGUUCGCGGGAGCAGCUUCGAGACAUGUUGGACGGGCACGUGAGCGUCGUACCCGAGUGGGCUUUGCCGUGGCUAGAUAACGCUGAAAACAAUAAGACCAGCAUAAACGAGAGCGAAGAUAGCGCCGGUGCAUGGCGCGCUAGGUGGCGUACGCAGUGCGGCUUCGUGGGCGGCGAAUGCGCACGUGUGGGCCCGGAGGCCGCGCUACUGUACGACAGCUUGCGCCUAUGGGCUCUCGUGCUCGGCCGCCUGUUCGCCGACCAACCUAAAGCGCUCUAUAACCUACAUGAUCUUGGACUCGUUAGAUCCUUGGUUUCAAAUGCUACGAAAAUUGAUUUUAAAGGACUAACUGGACAAUUUAAGUGGGUGGCGGCUGGAAACGAUGACGACAAUGGUACUGCAUACGCGCGUUCGGCGCCACUCGUAGUACUGCAGUGGGACGGCCGCUCUCGCCAUGAGGUGGGUCGCUGGGAGCGGGACCGGCUCGAGCUACAAGAAGACUUAUUGAUCUGGCGAACCGCAGACGGGCGGGUACCGGACGAUGGCGGGGAACAAUGUGCAUUACAACCGAUAGCCAAUCUCUUUAAUUGCGAUUGUCGGACGGCUUUCGUAAUCCUAGGAUCAUUGAUAUUAACGUUAGCGGUAGCAGCAAUCAGUGCUAUAGCGUUCUAUUGCAAAAGGCGUGCCGAACGCAAGUACCGUUCCCGGCUAGAGGCUCUGGGACUACAUUCGAUGUUGCCCAAGACUAUCGGUCUCGACCGCUGGGAGAUCCCUCGAGAGCGUGUCGUCAUCAAUAGAAAGCUAGGCAUGGGUGCCUUCGGAACGGUCUACGGUGGUUAUGCUCUGCUGACCGAAGACCGCGGAUGGACCGCCGUCGCCGUGAAAACGUUAAAGGCCGGCGCAAGCACGGAAGAGAAACUCGACUUCCUAUCGGAGGCAGAGGCCAUGAAGCGCUUCGAUCACAAGAAUGUGGUCCGGCUCCUAGCCGUAGUGACGAAGACGGAGCCCGUGUGCACCGUAAUGGAGUACAUGUUGCACGGGGACCUCAAGAACUACCUCCUGGCGCGGCGUCACUUGGCGUGCGCCGGCGCCGCGGGCGAGGACGAGGAGGAGCAGGUGUCGGCGCGCCGCCUCACGGGCAUGGCGCUGGACGUGGCGCGCGCGCUGUCGUACCUGGCGCAGCUGCGCUACGUGCACCGCGACGUGGCGGCACGCAACUGCCUCGUUAGCGCGCGUCGCGUCGUCAAGCUGGCCGACUUCGGCAUGACUCGCCUAGUUUUCGAGAAUGAUUACUACCGAUUUAGCCGAAAGGGGAUGCUACCGGUGCGAUGGAUGGCUCCCGAGAGUCUCGCGCUCGGGGUAUUCUCGCCAGCGUCCGACGUCUGGUCCUUUGGCGUGUUACUGUACGAAAUAGUGACGUUCGGAUCCUUACCAUUUCAAGGGCUCAGCAACAGCGAGGUGCUCACGAGAGUGAAGGGAGGCCAGACGCUUGAACUUCCGAUCGGACUGAAACCCCAACUCGAGGGUUUGAUCAAGUCCUGCUGGCAGCACGACUACAAAGCGCGGCCGACGGCAUCCGAGGUGGCCGCGUUCUUGGCGGAUGCGCCGCGUCUUCUAGCGCCGUGCCUGGACGUGCCCCUCGACACACUGUCGCUGGACGGCGAGCCCCCGUGGCGCGUACCGCGGGAGCGCGCCGAGGCUCGCUGGGUGUCGUGGGCGGCGCCCGCCUCACAGGCCACCGACACCACGUACCUGAGCGCCGACAUGCCCCGCGAGACGGACCGUUUCUUGACGUGAAGCUGCCCACGCAGAGCGAAUCCGGUCAUACCUCGAAUACCUUAUCAUUCCGAUAUUUUCUAGUCAAUUUUAUGUAAUAGAUCGUAUCUUAUGUAAGUUAUUAUUAUUUAUAAUGAUUAAAAUAUAAUGUAAUAUUUAUUUUGUGUGUAUGGAAAUGUGGUAAGGUUCGUGAUAUUCUGAGUGUAUUGUUUUUGAUAGUCGAGACGUCCGCAAUCGAGUACGAUUAUUGAUAUUUUACGGAAAUGUUUUAUAUUAAAAUAAAAAUAUUUAUUUUAACAUUUAGUAUUUAACUUUCCCUUAACUAAAGUUAAAGAAAGUUCAGAAGAUAUUGUAAAUUAAUCAAACAAACUUGCUGCAAUUUUUAUUUAAAUGUCGAAAAUGAUUCACCCAAAACUAUAAUUAUUCAAAGCUUCUUUAGAACUUAUUCAUUUGCUAAAUUGAUUAUACUUUGGCGGGCGAGCAUAUUUUUUUAUCAUAAGAACAUGUGGCUGACAUUCGAGUCAGCCACUAUGUCAAUUUCAGUGCUUUGAAAUUGUUAAAACAGGGAAAAAAUAUCCGUAUGCAGUUAAAUUAAACUGAAUAUGCCAUUCAUUUUUCUUCUUUUUAGCAAUAAAUAUUAAUACUAUAAGUUAUUUACAAAAUAUAAUUACGUAUAUGCAUUUUUUGCCUCUUAGAGACUUUAAAAUCUCUUUAUAAUGUUAGUAUGAUAAAUAAUAUAGGCUGCUAAAUUCUACUUACUGUAUCCUUUUUCGAUUCAUUGUUUAAGCUACGAAGCCAACACUGAGCAAAUUGUCUUACUGAUACAACAUCGUAGGUAUCUGUGUACAGCGCUCGUAAACAAUAAUCACAAAUUUAAUGAAUAAAAGUUAUUUUUUUCA